CCGAACGGGUCAAUGUCUGGGAAGUCUUCGAAAAAUCCGUGAUUGGUGUGGUGUUCCCGUGUACGGUGAGGAUGUUUCUGCGUUGACCUCGCGUGGUUCUUUAAAACGCAUAUUAUCGCGUUCGCGAGUGUGAACAGUGUGUCUGGGUGUACGUACAUCCAGAAGACGACGUCGGAAACGUCUUACCACUUCCACGUACCUAAACGGUAUACUUGUCGAGCGUUACAUUUCAUGUCUGUCGCCCCCGCGUAAAAAAUGGUAUACGUGAGUUCUGAAUGCAAACGCGGCUAAUAGAAAAAUAAAUUUUAAAAAAAGAGGGCAAAAAAAGGCCGAAAGAAUCAGGUAAAAAUAAAAAGAAAUAUCAAAAGUGCACUGAAGUGUACCAAAAGGAAGCGGAAUCCAAUUGCAACGAAAGAUUCAUGGAGGAGUGGAAGGGAUCAUAGUAGAGAUCGCGCCGCGAAGCGCCAACGUGAUUUUCAUUAACCUAGUGUUUAGAAAAAAAGGAGAAUUUAAUUUCUUUUGAAUUUUAAUUUUCAUAUACGCUUCUGCGAUCGGAGAGCUCUGUGGAAGCGGCGACGUCGCCCCAAAGAAACCCAACCCAGGCUAGUGAGUGAGAAAGAGGGAGAGGAACAAAGAGGAAGAGAGUGGGACAGGGAGUGAAUCCGAGAGAGAAAGAUAGAGAAAGAUCGUCGACUGUGCUAUAUAGCAGACGUGCUUGCUUUACGAACCGAAUCAAAAACGUUGACCCUGCUCCCCUCGCGGUGCACCCCUCUAGGUUAUUAGGGACCGCUUCUGCUCUGCGUCGACCCUCCCCAGGAAGAAUUUUCAAGUCUCGGGAGACUUCUUGUACUCGAUUAAAGUUGAAUUUUUUCAGAAAUAAUUUGUGAACAGUGAUUACAUUGCCCUGGGAAUAAUAUUUGUUCUUCUUUGAGUGGCACGACAGAAUAACGGAACACGGGGCGUACGCGCGAUGUGAAUAUCGUGCUGUCAUUGAUGACCGAGGUGGUAACGAGGUACAAGGAAUCUCCACGCGUACGUGCGUGUCAAGAUUUGCACGUCGAGUAGUCGUGGCGAGUGCGAACCGGUAUCAGAAACAAGUGACAGGCCGGAUAUUUAGAAGGCCAAGUGCCUGGAGGAGGCAGGAGGAGGAGGACAAGUCAGGAUGAGCGGGCGACCGAGGACCACCUCCUUCGCCGAGGGGAACAAGCCACCUGCGAAUCCCCCGUUGGGUGGCAUGAAAAUAAGCACCAAGGAUGGAAGUAAGGUGACGACAGUGGUGGCGACUGCUGGAGCUGGUUCAGAUCGUCCUCAGGAAGUGUCCUAUACGGACACCAAAGUCAUUGGUAAUGGCAGCUUUGGAGUCGUCUAUCAGGCAAAACUCUGCGACACUGGCGAAAUGGUCGCUAUCAAGAAAGUUCUUCAAGAUAAGAGAUUUAAGAACAGAGAAUUACAAAUUAUGCGGCGCUUAGAGCACUGCAACAUCGUAAAACUCAAGUAUUUCUUCUACUCUAGUGGUGAUAAGAAGGACGAGGUUUAUCUCAAUUUAGUCCUGGAGUAUAUCCCCGAAACCGUGUACAAAGUUGCCCGACACUACAGCAAAAGUAAACAGACGAUACCAAUCAGUUUUAUUAAGCUGUAUAUGUAUCAACUAUUUCGUUCACUGGCGUAUAUUCACUCAUUGGGAAUUUGCCACAGGGAUAUAAAGCCCCAAAAUUUGCUUCUUGAUCCAGAAACUGGAGUUUUAAAGCUCUGCGAUUUUGGUUCAGCCAAACUUCUGGUCAAAGGAGAACCCAACGUGUCUUACAUUUGCAGUCGCUAUUAUCGCGCUCCUGAACUAAUCUUUGGUGCUAUUGAUUACACUACAAAAAUUGACGUAUGGAGUGCUGGCUGUGUUUUAGCAGAGCUUCUGCUCGGACAACCAAUUUUUCCCGGUGACAGUGGCGUAGAUCAACUGGUUGAAAUUAUCAAAGUUCUUGGUACACCGACACGUGAUCAGAUUCGUGAAAUGAAUCCAAAUUAUACAGAAUUUAAGUUCCCGCAGAUAAAAUCUCAUCCUUGGCAAAAGGUAUUUAGAGCACGUACACCACCAGAAGCAAUGGAACUGGUUGCUCGACUUCUCGAGUAUACACCCUCAUUAAGAAUGACACCACUUCAAGCAUGUGCGCAUUCCUUUUUCGAUGAGUUACGAGAUCAAAAUACCCGAUUGCCAAAUGGUCGGGAACUUCCGCCACUAUUUAAUUUCACCGAACAGGAAUUGGGAAUUCAAAAAGAAUUAAAUACCACUCUAAUACCGUCAUAUAUGCAAACAUCAGAAACCACUGGCAAUCAAUCUGAGGCCACGAGUGCUGCCGCUGGGGCUAGCGGUAACUCUAGUGAUAACAACGUCAACACCAAUACACCUUCCAUUACACAAAAUACUGACCCGAGCCAAUCAACAAUGGCUUAAAAAAAAAAAUCUCUUCAUUUUUCUAACGUUGCGUGUUGCAAAGAUACAAUUUUUAUUUCAAAUAACUCCCCAUCCCGAAGAAGAAGACGACGACGUCUAUCUUUCGUGGAGAAAAUAUCCCGAUUUUCCCGAAAAUGUAAAUUAUAUUGAAAAAAAAAAAAAAAAUGAAAAAGAAAGAAAAACCUCAACGCCACUCCGAUGCAGCGCGGUUGAUAUUGAGCCACCCCCGCCUGCAAAUCUCAAAAUUCCUUCCAAUAGGAUAAAAAAAAAACGCUCUCGUCUCGUCUCGUUUUGCACGCACGCCCAGCUCAACGUCAACUUGCGUGUGUGAUCGGUAGUAUUAGUUCAGUGUAUAUAUAUAUAUGAAAAACUAAAAAAAAAUGGCAAGAUUCAAUUCAUUCGAAGUCUCUAACGAUAACGGCUACAAAAAAAAAAAAAAGAAAAGCGACAACUAUUCGAGAAUUAUAUUUAUAUAAUUACUCUCUUUGAAACAGUAGUUUAACAAACAAACAAAACAUACGUCGCUAAAGCAGGAAUCCAGCUCUCUCUCACUGUGCGCUGGUCUCUGAUUAUAUUCUAAUGCACACACGCAAAACGCUUCGUUCGCAAAGACUGAACACUUGCGUAUUUUACAUCUAAAUUCUACGACACUAAAAAAAAAUCGAAAUAUUUUCUUUCGUUUCAAUUUGUUUGCUUUUUAUAAUUUUUCAAAAUUAAAGAAACUAAUUCUAAAAAUGAAAAACUAAUUUUUUAUAUAUUGAUUAAAAAGAAGAGUUUUUAAGAUCAAAUGAACUCAUAAUUAAAAUAUUGUUAAUGUUCUCUUUUUUUUAAUGACAAUUUGACACUUCAAAUUUCACAUCGUUUCACAUAAUCAAAAAAUUAAAAACUUCAAUUCAAUUUUCAUUAAUUUCACUUUUGAUGUCAAAUUUGAAUUAAAUUUGUUUACAAUAUUCAAUGUAAUGUCUGUCAUUUUGUUUAAAAAUCUUAAUCUAAAAAUAAUAAAUUAAAUUGGAAACAUUUUUUAAAAUUAAAAUCUUAAAUUUUAGGAAUGACGUUUCUUUUUCAGUCUGUAACAUGUUUUAUCGUGUCGACUCAUUAGAAUAUAAUUUUUUUUUUAUUCUUGUAAAUUAGAUUUAAAACAAAAAAUUUUCACAAUCAACUCGACGAACUUCUACUUGCAUUAUAGAGGAGCGAUAUAACUUUAAGUCAAAAUUUUGCUAAACGUCUUUGAGAAAAAAAAAAAAAAAGUUGUCUCUUUAUGCCUUAUCUUGUACAUAGACUACGAGUUUCCCCCCUCCCCUCUUUUUUGGUAGACGUGAACAAUUGUCUUUUUUUUGUACAUUAUCCACUAGCUAUGCAACCUUGAUUAAUCACUCGGUCUACAUAUCAUUUUUUUUCUGGGAAUAAGCAGAAGCAUCUUAUUUUCUUUUUUUUGUUUCAAAAAAAGAUUUUACGCCUGUAGGCAAUUUUUGACAACUGAUGCUGAAAAUUGGAAAACUUUUUAAAUAGUAUAUUUUUCGGAAUUUGUAUAAUUAACGUUAAAGUUAAUUAUUAAUUAAUUAAAUUAAUUUGUUUCUAAAAAAUAAAUUAUACAAUAUCUAAAUUUUGUAAUUUACAAAAUAAUAAUAAAAUUAAUUAUUAGUAUGAGAUUUUUUUUAUAUAAUAAUUUUAAGCAAUUAAUGAAUAAAAAUUAAUUAUUGGCAAUUUUUUUUUUUAAUUAAUGGAAAACUGUAAAAAAAAUGUAAAAUAUUAUAUUAUUAAUUUUGACAAUUAGAAAUGAUUUUUCAAUAAAAUCAACUUAUUUCUCUUAAAGAUUUGAUAGAAAAUAAAACUUUUUUUUCUUUUUUCUAAAAUGUGAACUUUUUUUACUAUAUUUUUUUAUUUUUCUCAAUCAGAUAGGGAAAAAAAUAAUUUUCUAUUUUUUCUUUUUUCCGUGAGAGGAAAAAAGUAAUAAAGUGAAGAAAACAGAAAAAUAUAUUGAAGACAUGGUAAAAACAAGUCGGAAAACUAAGGAGAAAAGAAAAAAUAAGUGAAAUAAAAAUUAUUUUUAAAUAUUUUUCCAAUUUUCUACAUCAAUCUUUAAAGAAAUUGACUGUCGCAGGUGGAAUACUUUUAAUAGAGAGAGAGAGAAAGAGAGAAAAAAAAUAAAGUGCCAGAGUUUGUGAAAGAAAAAGAAGGCGAAAAAAAUAAAAAAAAAAAAGAAUGAAAGAAACUGGGUCAAAGAAGUGGAGAGAUCUUAGGAUUCAUUUUAGAUUUUUAUCCAUGUUGAUAGAUUCAUUAAGAUUUUAACAAUUUACUUCUUUUUUUAAGUGGGCACAGCUUUUACGCAGGUUUUGUCUAAAUUAUUUAACCUUUCCUCCGAUCGCAUGAAACUUUGAUUCUUUUCAAAGCUUCGCUGUAUAUUUUUAAUCGUAUAAACACACAAUGUACACUAUAUAAUUUUUUUUCUUCUUCAAAAUGUCAGUCACUCUUUAUCUAUGACUUUUAGAUCUCAAACGUACUCGCUGGAGACUUUGUGAUAUUAAAAAAAAAAAUUUAUUCAUUAAUAUAUAUAUAUAAAUAUAUUAAUGAAUUAUAGAUGAUAAAUUGCCGAAGAAAAAAGAACAAUUUGAAUUUGUAAAAAAUGUAAAGCAAGCUGGCUUUUUAUCUUAGUAUAUAUAGUAAAAUUAAUUUUAUCCAUUGAACCACAAAUAUUGACGAGGAGACAAUUUUGAAUUUGUAAAAUUAAAAGCAGCUAGCUUAUUGUCUUAGUACAAACAAUAACAACAAAAUAAAAUAAAAAAAUUGAUAUUGAUUAACAUGGAUUGUACAAGCGCUAUAAAAAAAACACUUGAAAUUCUUGUAGAAUUUCAAAAGCAGCGAAAAAAAACAAAUUUAAUUUGAAAUGGAAAGUUUUAAAGCGACGAUUAUAUAUAUAUAUAUAUGGAUUGAAAGAAAAAAAAAGUAGAACACACACACACACACGACUCGAAUAUAGAAUGUUGAUUAUUAUUAUUUAUCGUAAUUAUAUGAAGUAUAAUAAAUGAAUUUACUUGAUUAGUAUAAA